GAAUUUCAGGGUUUAUCUACUUUUCAUCACUUUCUGUGUUUUUCAUCUCAAAGUCUCGUUUUUUAAUGUAAUUCGAUGCGUCUAUGAGUUACUCUUUUUCUGCGAUUCUUCGUGCUUGGUCACAAAUUCGAGAUAGCUGUAUUUAGUUUUUUAAAUUAUUCAUCUUCUCCGAUAAAGCAGCUGAAUUUCGAUAAAAUCUAGACCUAAAGAAUAGUGAUGAUGGCAAAAGUUUCAGGGUUUUUGAGCUGUUUCUUACGUGAGCCAUCAUGGGACCAGAAUCUAAAGGAAGAGCAUGGUUUGGUAAAAUCUACAACAAGUUGGAAACUAUACUUGUUGAGGUUGAUUCUUUCACUUCUCAGAGCACGCUUUGUUUGAAAUCAAGUGAACCUCCGGGAUUCGAGUCUGUUCGAGGUGAAUCAAAGGAAGUCGCAGUGGACCGUUCUUCUGGAACUUAUAAUGUGCAAGGACAUCAUAAUCGUGUUGAUUCACCGAGUUUUAAAAGUCCUUUUGAUCCACCGUCACAUCAGAACUUUGACAUUCCAGGACAUGUUCUGGUUGAGAAGCGAGUUCAAGGCGAUGUUUUGAAGGAUAAUGUAGUUCAAAGAGAUAGUUUUGAGGAGAAUUCAUCAGCAGCCUCCUUGUCUGACGGAGAAACAGACUCUACAUCUCCACCGCUCGAAGAGUACUGUGAUGCUAAUAUGACAUCAACCACUAGUCUUGGUGCUGAAGAACAAUUAAUCUCUGAUGAAGAAGAGUCUCAGAUCUUACCUGAUGAAGAAAUACUCUCUACAUCUCCAUUGCUUGAAGAGUAUCAUGAUGCUAAUCUGACAUCACCCACUACUCAUGAAGAGUCUCAUAUCAUUAACACUUUGACACCUCAGAAAUUUUCUGAUGAACCAAAGGAAGUCGCAAAGGACCGUUCUUCCGGAGCUUCUAUUGUGCAGCAACACCAUGACACUAUUGACUCGCCGAGUUGUAAAAGUCCUUCUGAUCCACCACCAGAUCAGAACUUUGACAUUUCAGGACAUGUUCUGGUUGAGGAACGAGUUCAAGGCGACAUUUUUAUGGAGACUUCAGUUGACGGAUAUAGUUUUAAAGAGAAUUCAUCAGCCUUUUCCUCGGAUGAUGAAGAAAUACUCUCCACAUUGCGGUUGCUUGAAGAGAGUUAUGAUGCUAAUCUGACAUCAGACACUACUCUUGGUGAUGAAGAACCAAUAAUUAACGAUACUGAGUCUCAGAUCACUAACACUUUAACCACUCAGAAGUUUUCUGCUGGAAGCUCUUCGGUUUUUCCAGACGGGGAAAGUGUAGAAGAAGUUAGAGUUGAAUCCUCCUUGCCUGAUGGAGAAAUAUUCUCUACAUCUUCAUUGUUUGAAGGGUACUGUGAUGCGAAUUUGAUACCAGCCACUACUCUUGGUGAUGAAGAACCAAUAAUUACCGAUGAUGAGUCUUGGAUCACUAACAGAUUAACCUCUCAGAAAUCUUCUGCUGGAAACUCUUUGGUUUUUUCAGGCGAGGAAAGUGUAGAAGUUAAAGUUAAAUCGUGCAGAGAUGUUGUUUCCACAGAACCUCAAUCUACUCAAAGUCUUGGGACUGUAGUAGAAUGUAAUGAUGAUUCAAGUCUUAAUCCACUCGCCACCAAGGUUCCAGAUACACCUGUUCAAGAUAAUGUGGUAAACAUGAGAUCCUCUAAUGCAGAUAACUCAGAUGAUGUCAUUAAUGGCAAAUCUGAUGUUACUCCAUUGGAUAGCAGUGCAUUGUACGGCAUAGAAUUUCAAAAAGACCCCUCGUAUGUUGAUGACAGUGUGCUUUAUGUAGUGCGUGCUAGGAUCAUUGCUGAGCUGUGCGGCAUGGAAUCUCGAGAAGACCCCUAUGUUGAGGACAGUGUGCUUUAUGCCAUUCAUCUUAGGACCGAGAAACUCAGAUCCUUCAAGAGAAAAAUCUUGGAUGCUUUAACUUCAAAGAGAAGAAGAGAGAAAGAGUAUGAGCAGCUUCCAAUUUGGUUCGGAGAUGCGGAUAUGGGUUCUGAUCUGGCCACUAAGGAAGACUCUAAACAAGUGGAAGCCAUAGACUCCAAAAGCUCACAGCUACUUGAAUCAGAAGAUUCCCAGUGGGAGCUAUUGUGAGAUUUUUGUUCAUUUCAUAUAGUACCAAGUUAAAAUCCGGCCUGUGUUUUAUCUUGAGUGAGACUCCUGUUACUAUAUUUAAACAUAAAUGAGCUAAUCUGCU